UUUUUUUGAACAAUUUCAGGCGUUGCUACAAAGGCUUUAAAUGUUUAUGACAGUAGGAUCGAAAAUAUGGAAGAUAAGUUCAAAAAGGGUUAUAAUAAGCCUUUUAGUGGUUCUGAGUCUUAUCGACACCAUAUUUUGCUUAUAACCAAGCAGCUAAAUGAAAACCACCGUGUUAUCGUCACGGGAAACAAUAACGAUCUGAAUUACAAAUGUGCUUAUGCUGCAAUAAAAGGAAUCUACCAAUGCAUUGAUCAAUGCUUAGAAAUUAAUGACCCAUCUGAGUGGAGAUUGAUCACCUCUGAGAACGCUAAACUUGUUCUGUUUAACGAGCCAUUUGGAAGGUUAAAAUAUGAUGAAAGAAAAUAUGAAGCAAUGAUUGUCGAAAUCGACGAAAUGCUCAGCGCAACUCAAGAAAAGGAUGACGACCGUAUCGAUAUCGUGAUUGUGGCAAACAAAAGACACCUUGAAGAAGCGAAAGAUCACAGAGAUCAUGAGAUGUUAUGCACAUCCUCUGUUGUUGAAAUUGAUUCAAGCAAUAUAGUCGAUAAACGUCUUGUUGUAGAUGAUACCAUACACAGGAAUUUACUAGCUAUGGCAAAGACUUUCAAAGAAGCAUACAUACCAAAGGAAGUUGACAAUCAAGCAAAAGAAAUUGCUAAACGACUGUUCAUAGAUCAGAGUAUGGUGGCUAUCAUUGGACCAACUGGAAGUGGAAAAACAAGCCUUUCAUUUGAGUUGUUGCCCUUGUACGACCUCAGCGAUGGAGAAGACAAUUUUGUCGUUAUCUCCGAUCCAAGCGAGCUGAAGUUUGUAAAUCUUUCGCAGCAUCCUGUAAUAAUCAUCAAGUCAUUGUGUGGAGUGAAGUUUAACCAUGCUGAAGCGCAUAGGUGGUUUAGCCAGUUAGACAGAUUGUAUGCAGCUGUUAAGAUAAAUCAGAUAGCCGUUAUCAUUACAAUAGAAUCAAAGGUAUUCGAAAGGAUUCAAUCACAUAUGCCACCACAUCAACUCUUGGCACAUACUGUAAAAUUGACAAGCAGCUCUGUCAACGAGAGCGAGAAAAGAAGCAAAGAUACAAUUGAUUGUGAAGUACAGACUGACAACAUGAGUUUGGACGUAUUACCGGAAGGAAACUCUACACAAGCUGGUGCAACUGUUGAUGAAAAUAAUCUAAGGUCUGUAAAAGGUUUUCGGGAAUAUAGAAUUUCUCGUUCUAAGAUAUUCUCCUCUAAUCGUUGUAGGAUUAUCAGUUUUUCUAUCUUACCUUCAGGAGAAAUUUUGUUAAUUGAGUAUUCAGGUAAACUUAUAAAACUGAACAUAGAUUUUAAAGUAAUCAGUACCUUGCAAAUAGGUAAUGGAGUGUUGCGUUCAUGUGUAUGUUACACUGGGAAAGAUAUUGCUGUUAUAUUGAACCAGGAUCAGCUACUGUUUGUUAAUAUCAAAAAAGAUAUGUCACUGAUCAAUUCACGCAGCAUAUCUCACAAAUGCUACUCAUUAGCCUGUUAUGAUGACAAACUUUAUGUUAUAGACAAAUAUUCAGUGUAUGUUUAUUCAACUGAUGGUGAUUUUCUAAAAGAUCUUUAUGAGUCAAGACACACAAUGCUCGAAUUCAUUGAUAUUGCAGUGAGGAAUGACGGAAGUAUGAUAUUUAUUAUGACCGAUGCGAAAAAACUUAUUAGUAUCGACAACUUAGGAAACAAUUUAUUCAUGUUAGACAUUCCUGAUAUUGAAGGUGUAUUAAUAGGAAAUCAGAUACGUUUAUGUGUAGGUUUUCAUGAUAAUGUCUUUAUAUUUGGUGAAAUUCAAAAAGGAAGUAAUCAGAAAAAGAUUGUACAAGUUCAUCCUUGUUCAAGGUCUUGCAGAGUUAUUUUACAAUUCGAAAGUGAUAUUGAUUAUUCUACGAUGCAAUAUGAUUGUGUCAAACAUGCAAUUAUGUUAGCAGGGAAUUCUAAUAUACUAACAGUUUUAGAACUACGUUGA